GCUUCAUAACAAUGCAACUAUUGUUCAAAUUGUUUACUGUGCAGAUUUAAUUCAAUUGGAUCCAAGGCCUUCAGCCAAACCUCCUGGCUUUCUAACACACAAGACUUGCCGUAGUGUUGUGACUGAAACCUGUCAUGGCGGUGUUCUAGUGUUCGAUCCUGAAUCUUCAGCCAUGAUGGAGGACGAGUUGCGGCCGGUUCCCAGAGAGAGAGCCGUGCUGGAGAGCUUCUUCACACAGCUCGGGAUGUUCUGGUUUGAUCGAGCUAAAGACUACGUGGAGAAAGAGAGAGAGCAGAUCAGCAGGAGCUCCGCCGUCAUUUGGAGCUCUCUGCUUGCGGCUCUGGGGCACCUGGCGGCCGCAGAGAAAGUCUACCACAACAUGACCUUCCUCGGGCAGAAGCUAGGUGGUCAGUCCUUCUUCAGCAGGAAGGAUUCCAUCAGGACCAUUUACACAUCCCUGCAGAACGAGCUGAAGAAGGUGGUCUCCAUGGGCCGCCCGGCUCUGAGCGGCUCCACGCCGUACCUGGAGGAGCUGCUGUCACAUUUAUCUGAGCAGCUGUGCCACUUCACGCAGGCUCGCAUGGAGCUCGCAGACCUCUACGAGAAGAUGCACUGCCUCGGGAGCCAGAAAACGGUCAACUCCGAGGAGCUGGUGAGCACGCUGGAGAGCAUCCUGCACAAAUACAGCUCCAGAUUCCACCAUCCCAUCCUGAGUCGUCUGGAGAGCGGUUUCCAGGUGGAGGUGGACGUUUUGGCGCAGCUGCUUCACUGCCAGGCUCAGAUCUCAGAAUGGCAUUUCCUGCCUUCGCUGCUCAACCUGCACGGUGCUCAUGCCAAACUGCAGACGUGGGCUCACGUGUUCGAGCGCCAGCGCGAGACCCGCAAGCACCUGUUCGGCGGCCAAUCCCAGAAGGCAGUGCAGCCUCCGCACUUGUAUUCCUGGUUGCAGCGCCUGCAAGCGGCGCUUUUGGCCAAGUUCAGCUUUUAUUUCCAUGAAGCUCUGAGUCGUCAGGCCCCGCCCUCGGAGAUGAAGGCGCUGACGGCUCGCACUUCGCCCGAUUACUUCGGGAAGAUCUCAGCCUUUGUGCGCAAGCAUGACGCCACCAAUGUUUCUUUGGUGUUUGACAACCGUGGCAUGGAGAGCUUCCAGGGUCACGGCUACCACCACCCUCACUCGUACCGAGAGGCUCCCAAAGGCGUGGACCAGUUCCCUGCUGUGGUGUCCGUUCCGGGCGGCGAGCGGCCCUUAAACCACUGGCCCAACGUCAUCAUGAUCAUGAGCGACCGUGCCAAUGAGCUUAACACACUCGACAAGGUUACGUACUUUUAUGAUGACAAAGUCCAGAGCACGUACUUCAUGACCAGACCCGAACCUCACUUCACGCUCGUGGUGAUUUUCGAUGGCAAGAAGGCGGAGAAGGACUCGCACAUAGUGGGCUUUCUGCAUGAGAUUUCUGGCUCUCUGAGGAACUCCAAACCCUUCAGCACACUCAAGCCAGGCUCCAAAGGCUGAUCCUAAACACGUGACCUGCGUCACAUCCAGCGCUCACUCACGUUCCAGAUAUAAACCUUGGCUUUAAGUUCAGUUAGAACCUCAGUUUGAGUCGUCAUGCUGCUGAAACUUUUAAUAUAUAACCUUUUAUUUCAAUCUUGAGGAAACACCAGAGGUCCAGUAACCAGUUGUGACCAAUCAGACCAGAAAUGUUUUUUUAAACUUUUUUUUUUUUUUUAGUAAUUAUUUCACUUUGCUGCUAUGAAACCAGUUGCAUUUCUUCUUUUAAUAAUCAAUGCGUAACAUUUUAACAGCUGAUUGUUUGAUUUUAUAAUUUCUUUUGUACUGUAAUUAUUUAGCAAAAUAAAGUUUUGAUCAUUUAACAGUUUGUAACAAUGGAUGUAAUUGAACAGAUUUGUAGUAGGAGAUACUUAUUUACUUAUAACAGUAAAGUGACAUCUUCACUGUGUGAACUGGAAUGACUGUGCGUGUGUUUAAAAAAAAUAAAAAUAAAAUACAAGUUUGUCAGAA